CGAUUUAACCAUCGUCACACCCUGCUGCCGCUCAUCGCGCGUGCUUGGCGCCCAGAUCUCAAAUGCACUGUAUCAACCCGCAUUUAGUGACCUUUCACCACAGUUUAGUUGUUUUUAGCGGUCUUCUAGGCGUCCUUGGCGAACCUCUGGGGGGUUGGUUGUGCGGACUGAUAAGAGAAGUCCAUUUGAGUGAUAGUGAUAUCGGACGGCAGCCGAUAGAUAACAGCCCUGCUGUGGUUUUCUCAUGAUGCCAUGUAUCUCUUAUCAAAGACGUCUCAGGCACACAAACAAGCUUAACCUGAUGGCUGUGCUGCCCGUCCGGCCGAUGACGGGAUGGGUGCUAUAAGUUGUCGCCAUGCCCUGGAGCCACGCUGACGCCUGAACGGCUGUCUUUUAUGUCAGACUCGACGUUAUAAACUUAGCUCUACUCAACUGUCGACUCAAACUCUCUGAACGCAUCAUAGACUCCUGUCUUCUUAUCAGUAACCAUGUCUGCUGAAGUCUCUCAUGGUCGCGGCGGCGCAGGCAACUUCAAGCCUGACGAUACCGAGUAUGUCGACGGCGAGGUUGUUCGAACUGGCGUUGUUGGAAGCCACGGUGAUGGCGCGUACAGUUCUGGUCGUGGAGGUGCUGGCAACAUCGCUGACAUAGGCACACCCACCACCGAGCGCAAGGAUGUGGACAUCAUUCCCGAGACUGCUGUCCGACCAAGCCAAGACGGCCGAGACUACCAUACCGGUCGUGGAGGCGCUGGUAACGCGCAGACCGCAGGUUCUGAGAAGGAGUCCGAGGAGCACGAGAAGCCUGUGGUCAAGACUCCUGUUGGUCUUGCUGACAAGCUCAAGUCCAAGAUCUUUGGCCACAAGAAGUAGGCUCCUGUUCGAUUGUCCGUGACAAGUCUCGAAUUGCGACUUGACCUUGAGGAGGCGGGAUUUAUCGUUCUCAGGUUGCGUUAUCGUUGAUAUUGGUUAUUGUGGAAAUACCCCUGAUGCCAUACUGUUCUUCUGAAUAAUUUGAUUUCUAUCGUGUCGCUUGCUUUAUCGCGCAAUGCGCGAGCAUGUGGGAUAAAACCUGACAACCCAGUGUAGACGGGUGGUUGGUGACAUUGACCCCCAGCUUUCUGAUAUUUCUGUGUCUGACCUGCAUUCCUUGCUCCAAAUAAAGAUCUGACAGCUGCUGGCAACUGUGUUGUUGGAGAUUGCGUUAACUCACUGAGAAGUAAGCAGAAAAGAACAUGCAAAAAUGUACCAUAUAGCGUAUGCAUGUGCUAAAAUUUCCUCCAAGUUGGGCUGCCAUGACGUUAUUCCACUGAUCAAGGAUCAUCCCUCAUAGUCUUCCAUACCCCAUGCUCCACUUCCCCUCAUUUCUGGCUUCUUUAAUGGACAUUUUGGUAAUGAAAUGAGUCGACAAGCUCAGAGAUCCCUCGGACAGCGGAGUGCCCGUGUCUCCGCUAAAGAGCAGGACGGGCUGAAAAGAGAAACAUGAUAAUCCAGGAUUGGCUCUGACCUGUGGACUCUUGAGUCCCAAGCCCGAAGCUAAACCAAUUUGGCAUCGAACGAAC